AACUUGUUUUGUGAAGACGUCUCGUUUGUUUUGUGUUCCACACGUGUCUUUCGGCGCGCGCUUUGCUGUGCCGGGUGGGUUUGCUAUCUCCAAGACCAUUGCUCCCCAUUUUCUGUGGCAAAUGACAAGCCCGUGAGACAUUCCAGCUGCUCAGCCACUACGGAUGGUGCGGUCACAUCAAGGAUACACCUGCUGUAACUCCUGUGCCUAUGAGACAGAUAUACAGGCCAGCGUCCAUUUGAAUGUCAUUUGUGUCCUUGGAGCUUCUGGCGAAUGUUCAAGUUGAAAAACACCUGCAACCCACACAGACAAGAGGCGAGUUGAGUGGCCUUUAGGCCCUCAGAGCUUCUCAAAAGGUUAAUUGGAAGCAACACUCGCACAUCUACACAGGCGAGAUGCCAUUUCAUUGUCCGUUAUGCCCACGGAGCUUCUCACGAAAGAGUUCUCUGAAUGGACACCUGAACACCCACACAGGCGAGAGGCCGUUUCAGUGCCCUUCAUGCCCUCAGAGCUUCUCACUUAAGUCUACCUUGAAGAAACAUGUGCGCAUCCACACAGGCGAGAGGCCAUUUCAAUGUCCUGCAUGUCCUCAGAUCUUCUCGGGUAGGUCCACACUGAAAAAUCACGUGCGCACCCACACAGGCGAGAGGCCGUUUCAGUGCCCUUCAUGCCCUCAGAGCUUCUCACUUAAGUCUACCCUGAACAAUCAUGUGCGCAUCCACACAGGCGAGAGGCCAUAUCAGUGCCCUGCAUGUCCUCAGAGCUUCUUGGACAACUCCACACUAAGAAGGCACGUGCACAUCCACACAGGCGAGAAGCCAUUUCUUUGCCCUCAAUGCCCGCAGAGCUUCUCACGUAAGUUUAACCUGAAGCAACACCUGCGCACCCACACAGGCGAGAGGCCAUUUCAGUGCCCUUCAUGCCCUCAGAGCUUCUCACUUAAGUCUACCCUGAAGAAACAUGUGCGCAUCCACACAGGCGAGAGGCCAUUUCAGUGCCCUGCAUGUCCUCAGAGCUUCUCGGAUAGGUCCACACUGAAAAAUCACGUGCGCACCCACACAGGCGAGAAGCCGUUUCAGUGCCCUUUAUGCCCUCAAAGCUGCUCGCAGAAGUCUACUCUGAAGAAACAUGUGCUCAUCCAUGCAGGCAAAAUGCCAUUUUAGUGCCCUGCAUGUCCUCAGAGCUUCUUGGACAGGUCCAUGCUAAGAAGGAACGUGCACAUCCACACAGGCGAGAAUCCAUUUCGUUGCCCUCAGAGCUUCUCACGUAAGUUUAACCUGAACCAACACCUGUGCAGCCACACAGGCGAGAGGCCAUUUCAGUGCCCUUCGUGCCCUCAGAGAUUCUUGUACAAGUUUGUACUUAAGAAGCACGUGUGCAC